AUGUGUAAGUGUGGGUUUGUGCAUUACGCCAUCCAGUGCCUGACCCUACUGAUAACAAACCGAGUAUUCAAGAGGUCUCUGGAUUUGUUGACCAAUGAGCAGAGUACUCGUAUUAUCUUCAACUCCCUCGAAGGAAACUAUGACUUAUGUUUGCUGGCGAACAUGAUUCAUCUUGGUUACUCCGAACUCGAAGGACUUGUAGAAAAUACAACCAGUUUUAUGACAGUGCCGAUGCGUUUGCUGGACAAAUGUAAGCACUAUGUCCAGAACAAGAGGUCCAACCUAACCCACUGGCAUCCGGUACUUGGAUGGUUCUCCCAAAAUACCGACCAUGGGUUACAUGAAGCAAUGCCAUUCGUUGUAAAGCAGCUGCAGAUCCUGUGGUGUAACAAGAUGAUCCGGCUCCUCUUUCUCGAGCUGAUUGAGUAUGUGGACCAUGCUCGAUCAGUAGAACUUGCCAGGAACACUGGUAAAGAGAAAGGGAUUAUAAAGAAAGCCCUGGACAAGGCAUCCUCGAGGAAUGCUGUGUCCAAGGUGCGUGUGGACAGCGGGAUCUGUGUAGCGACGUGCCUGCCAUGUGUUCUCUACCAGUCUGCUAUAACAACUCUCUCACAACUCAGGCUCGACAUCAUCAGUGGUCUGAGCUACCAUGAGAUCCUGCUGCGGUACUUGUGGCGGUUCCUGAGUGACCUUGGCCCUGUGUGUGGCCUCAAGGUGUUCCUCGACCUCCUCACUUCCGCCCCAGACUCUACCAUACACCCUGUAUUCUCCAUGCUAACACUCUUCUGUGAGACUGCAGCCAACUACAUAUGCACAUUGGACCAGAUAGAGAUGUUUGAGCAGCAGAAGAUGUUUACAGUGGAUGAUUACAUCCGCAUGUCAGAGUUCCUUAAUCUGUUUGUCUUCAGGACCAUAUGGGGUGGUCUUAUCUCGUUAAGCAGUGCGGUGACGAGCGAGUUGUUCAUCAGUGCGCAAGCUCUCCUUAUGAUUCUUUACGAGAGGGAUAGUCGCCACAGAUUUACCCAACCCAACCACUGGCUUAUUAAGGACAUUAAGCCAAGCAGUUUUCUCGCUGAACUGGAAAGGGGAAAGAAGACCGCGCAGUAUAUAAUGCAGAAAAUCCCCCAUAUUAUACCAUUUUCAGAGCGUGUGAAGAUAUUCCGGAGGUAUGUUCAGAAGGAGAGGGAGACACUUGGCCUGUGUGAGUCCGCUAGUGCCACGCCCCAGUCGACGCUCAUCACAGUACACCGGAGCAGGAUCGUAGAGGAUGGUUAUCGGCAGUUGGCCCAGCAGCCAGCACGAAGUAUGAAAGGCCUGAUUCGUGUCAGGUUCAUUAACGAACAAGGUCUCGAUGAGGCCGGGAUUGACCAGGAUGGGGUUUUUAAGGAAUUUCUCGAGGAAACCAUCAACAGAGUAUUUGACCCCUCACUCAACCUUUUCAAAGUCACGAGCGAGCAGAAGCUGUUCCCCUCCUCGACUUCCUACAUCCAGGAGAACCACCUCCACCUCUUUGAAUUUGUUGGCAAAAUGCUUGCAAAGGCUGUUUACGAGGGGAUCAUAGUGUAGGUUCCGUUUGCGCCGUUCUUCUUGACCCAGAUCCUUGGGCAUGGCACGAGCUCCACGUACAGCAGCCUGGAUGAGCUGCCCUCUCUCGACCCUGACCUGGCUAAGAACUUGUCCUACACAAAGCAUUAUGAUGGCGAUAUCAGUGACCUUGACCUGACUUUUUGUUAUGAUGAGGACAUUAUGGGCCGCGUGGAAACGCAUGAACUUGUACCUGGAGGCAAGGCUAUCCCUGUUACCAAUGACAACAAGAUUCGUUAUGUACAUCUGAUGGCGCACUUUCGAAUGUACCGGCAGAUCCGAGAGCAGACCCUGGCCUUCAUACGAGGCUUCAAGUCCCUCGUGAAUGCCGAAUGGCUUAACAUGUUCUCUUCACCAGAACUCCAGAAACUCAUGUCUGGGGAUACAGCAGACAUGGACAUAUCAGACCUCAGAAAACACACCCAGUACUAUGGAGGCUACCACAAUAACCACAAGGUGAUUAACUGGCUCUGGGAUGUAUUGGAAAAAGAUUUUAAUCCCAAAGACCGAGCGGCCUUCUUAAAGUUUGUAACUAGCUGCUCCAAGUCACCUCUGCUGGGGUUUGCCCAUCUAGAGCCCCCAUUUUCCAUCCGCUGUGUGGAAGUCAGUGAUGAUCAGGACACCGGGGACACAGUGGGAAGUGUUCUGAAGGGGUUUUUCAACAUACGGAAACGUGAGCCGGUGGGUCGGCUCCCGACCUCCUCAACCUGCUUUAACCUUCUUAAAUUACCCAACUACCAGAAAAAAGCUACCUUGAGGGAGAAACUCAAGUAUGCAAUCCACUCAAACACAGGAUUUGAACUCUCGUGAAAAUACAUUUUGUAUCCACUUAAGCUACGGAUUCAAACUCCCAGAUUCAAACUCCCGGAUUCACACUUCUCGAUUCAAACUCUCUUGAAUACAUGUUAGUAUGUCAUUCGAUUCAACUAUGGAUUCACACUAUAGGAUUCGAAUCUCAUGAACACAUGUUAGUAUGUCAUUUGAUUCAACUAUGGAUUCACACUAUAGGAUCCAAACUCUCAUGAACACAUGUUAGUAUGUCAUUCGAUUCAACUACGGAUUCAAUCUCUUAUGAAUACAUGUUGGGAUGCCUUUCGCUUCAACAGAUUCAUGCUGUCAAAUUCGAACUCUAAUGAACACGUAUACAUGUAAGUGUGUAAUCCCCUCUAACACCAGGUUCAUUCGCCCAGGUUCAAACUCCCAUGAAUACCUAUAAGUAAGAAAUUCACUCAAACACAGGUUUUGAAGUUCCUGGAUAAAAACUCUAGUGAAUAUCUACACACAAAAAACAGAUGAACCGCCUUACCUGAUGUGGGCUUGACAAUAUGGAUUUGAGCUCUCAUUGAUAUUAAGUGUGCUGUGAAGUUCAUAACUGGCUUUAAGCUCUGAUAUUUACAUUGCCUUAUGCAGUGUUUUUAAAUAGGGCAGGUUGCUGCAGAAGAGAGAGAAGGGAAGAAAGGGCAUGAUAUCGGGCUGUGACAAACUUAUUAUGAAAUUUACAGAAUCUUUUAGGAAUUGUGUUCAAUUGAAGAAGUAUUAGUUUUCAACUGAGCUCAAAGCUUUGAGCUUUGACUUUAACAUUGCCUUAUGCAGUGUUUUUUUUUAAAAAGAGCAGGUUGCUGCAGAAGAGAGGAGAAGGGAAAAAAGGGCA